CUUCCAGAACUUUAAGAUGCCUGAGGAUUUCACAAAUACAUUGCAUGAAGGAAAAAUACUCUUCUGUUGAUAGAAGAUCUAUGUCAAAGUGGUCAAAUCUAAACUCAAAACUCUGCACUAGAGAUGAGAGAUAUUACUUACUUUCCCAGCUUUUCUACUAAUUUGAGGAUUUCUGAUACUGCUGAGGUCUUUGCAGUUUUGCCAUCUGUAAGGUUCUGUCCCAGGGCCAGGUCCUGUCCAGCAUCAGCAUCCACACCCAGUGCAGUUCUUGGAGUUCUCGUCAUUCUAAAACUACUUAAGGAAUGUACCUGACAACUUGGGUGGAAAAACAUUCUUUAGAUGUAAAAGACUGAAAGAACUGCUGUAUACACUGGUCUCAGUGUUCACCAAAAUUCCAGAGCAAAUGAAAAUAGUACGAAAUGAUGAGAGACCAUCCAAGAUUGCUGGUUGGAGCUCCUCGGGAAAAGGCCUUUCCAGCCCAACAAGCCAACAGAACAGGAGGGCUGUACAGCUGUGACAUUGCAUCUCCAAAUACAAAUUGCCUGCGUGUCAAAUUUGAUGAGGAGACUGACCCAAGGAUGGAGAGUAAAGAAGACCAAUGGAUGGGUGUAACUGUCCAGAGUCAGGGGCCUGGAGGAAAUGUGGUGACGUGUGCGCAUCGCUAUGAGAAAAGGCAGUAUGUAAACACAGUGCAGGAAACCCGGGAUAUCAUUGGAAGGUGCUAUGUGCUGAGCCAGGACCUCACUAUUAAGGAUGAUAUGGAUAAUGGAGUGUGGAGUUUUUGUGAUGGUCGUUUAAGAGGCCACGAGAAGUUUGGUUCCUGUCAGCAAGGUGUUGCUGCUACUUUUACUAGAGACUAUCAUUAUAUUGUGUUUGGUGCCCCAGGCACUUACAACUGGAAAGGGGUGGUUCGUGCAGAGCAAAAGAAUCAGACAUUUUAUGAUCUGGGUAUCUUUGAUGAUGGGCCUUACGAAGUUGGUGAUGAGAGCCGCCAGGAUAAGAAUCUAGUUCCUGUUCCAGCUAACAGUUACUUAGGUUUCUCUUUGGACUCUGGUAAAGGAAUUGUCUCCCAGGAUGAGAUGACUUUUGUGUCUGGUGCCCCAAGAGCAAACCACAGCGGAGCAGUUGUUUUACUAAAAAAAGAAAAAAAUCAGAGAGCACUUUCCCUGGAGCACAUGUUUGAAGGAGAAGGGCUGGCCUCCUCUUUUGGCUAUGAUGUUGCUGUUGUGGACCUCAACAGUGAUGGCUGGCAGGACAUCGUUGUUGGGGCCCCGCAGUACUUUGACAGGAGCGGGGAUAUCGGGGGUGCCGUGUACGUCUACAUGAACCGCCAAGGCAAAUGGGCAGGGGUGAAGCCUCUUCGCCUAAACGGAACCACUGACUCCAUGUUUGGGCUUGCAGUGGAAAAUGUUGGGGACAUUAAUCAGGAUGGAUAUCCAGAUAUUGCAGUAGGGGCUCCAUAUGAUGGUUUUGGCAAAGUGUACAUUUAUCAUGGAUCCGAGAAUGGAAUUAAUACAAAGCCAGCACAGAUUCUUGAUGGCGAAAAAACAAACACAAAUUUCUUUGGCUACUCUAUUGCUGGAAAUAUGGACCUGGAUAAAAAUUCCUACCCCGAUGUUGCUGUUGGUUCCCUGUCAGAUUCUGUAAACGUGUACAGAUCUCGGCCUGUGAUAAGCAUUAGAAGAAACAUUACAGUACAGCCUGAUAGAAUUGAUCUAAAGAAAAAGAACCCUGAGGACCAUGGUGAAAUCAGGAUGAAUGUGAAAGCAUGUUUUAAAUAUACUGCAAACCCCAGACAUUUAAAUCCAAGAAUAAAGAUCAAUUACACGUUUGAAGUGGAAAACGAGAGGCGGCAGCUGGGCCUGCCCUCCAGGGUGCGCUUCAAUGACCACUCCUCUGAUCAGUUCACUGCAAGUACAACCCUCAGGGGACAGAACUCCUGGGAGUGUGUGACUACAAAGCUUAUACUGCAGGAAAAAAUUAAAGAUAAGCUACGUCCCAUUCCAAUAUCAGUCAGUGUUAAAAUUGCUGGCCUGGAAUCACCAUCCAGGAGAAAAGAGAGUGCACUUCCAGAUCUUACACCAAUUUUAAAUGCAAAUGAAUCUGAAACAGAGACCACAAAAGUGGAGUUCUUAAAAGAAGGAUGUGGAGAAGACAAUGAAUGUCACAGCAAUCUUAAGCUUCAGUACCGGUUUUGUACAAGAGAGGGAAAUGAAGACAGGUUUACUUACUUACCACUUGAAAAUGGCAUGCCAGUGCUUGUUCUAAAAGACCAGAAAGAUAUUGCCCUGGAAAUAACUGUGACAAACAAUCCAUCUGAUGUAAAAAAUCCACAGAAAGAUGGUGAAGAUGCAUAUGAAGCUAAACUAAUUGCAACUUUCCCAGAUAGUCUGACAUACUCUGCAUUCAGAGAGAUGAGGGGUUAUCCUGAAAAACAGCUAACAUGUGGUGCUAACCAAAAUGGUUCCCAAGCAGAGUGUGAACUUGGAAAUCCUUUCAAAAGAAAUUCUAAUGUAACCUUUUAUCUGAUCUUAAGUACCACUAAGGUUAAUGUUGAUACAACAGAUUUAGACAUUAACCUGAAACUGGAAACAACAAGCACUCAAGUUAAUUUGACUCCAAUUACUGCUAGUGCUAAAGUGGUUCUUGAAUUGCUUUUAUCACUCACUGGAGUUGCUAAGCCUUCUCAGGUAUAUUUUGGAGGUAACAUCAUUGGUGAGAGUGCCAUGAAAUCUGAAGAUGAUAUUGGGAACCUCAUAGAGUAUGAAUUCAGAGUAACUAACUUGGGCCGACCACUGAAAACAUUUGGCACUGCUUCCCUUGACAUCCAGUGGCCAAAAGAAAUUAGUAAUGGCAAAUGGCUGCUUUAUUUGAUGAAAAUAGACUCCAAAGGUUUGGAAAAAGUCUCCUGUCAACCUGAGAAUGAAAUCAACAGUUUGCAUGUUGCGGAAUCCCAUAACUCAAGAAGAAAACGUGAAAUUGCAGAGAAGCAGAUUACAGACAGCCAGGCAUUUUCUUUAUUUUCAGAAAGAAAAUACAAGACCUUGAGCUGCAAUGUGAAUGCACGCUGUGUGGAUAUAAAGUGUCCCCUGAAGGGUUUUGACAGCAAGGCAUCUAUUGUGCUGCGUUCCAGGCUGUGGAACAGCACCUUCUUAGAGGAAUACUCAAAAAUGAAUUACCUUGACAUUGUUGUUAGGGCUUCUAUCAGUGUUCCUGCUGCAGCUAAGAAUGUUAAACUCACAAAUGAAGUUGCUCAGGUGCGUGUUACUGUGUUUCCUGCAAAACCAGUAGCCCUUUAUACAGGAGUUCCAUGGUGGAUCAUUGCAGUGGCUAUCCUUGCUGGAAUACUCAUGCUUGCACUGUUGGUAUUCUUACUAUGGAAGUGCGGGUUCUUCCGGCGUUCCAGGUACGAAGACAGUGUCCCCCGCUAUCACGCUGUAAGGAUUCGAAAAGAGGAGCGACAGAUCAAGCAUGGGAAAAGCCAAGACCUUGAGACAAAACAGUGGUUCACCAAAUGGAAUGAAAAUGAAAGUUACUCUUAGGCAAAAAUGUUGUUCAUGCACAAAGUUCAGGUAGAGGUUAAGGUUUUCAUUCAUGGAAUACUGAUGGAGUUAGACUUGUGAACACUACAGACAUUCACCAUUUGAUUGUAGAUAUUACUACUUACGUUGAGCCUUCUAUUUGCACAGUUAAAAUGGCUUCAACAGACUUCAUUUGCCUUAUUUAAUUUCCACACUGCCUCUACACCCUCUUAAAUCUAACCCACACUUCAGAAAAUAUUAUGCUGAAGUGGGGUCUUUUCUGCAGAAUAAGCAAAACCACUACAUCAGACCUUUUGAUCCUCCCAUGCUCCUGACUUUCUUCCUAGUUAUUUAAGGCAUGCAUGAUUAAGGUCAAGAUGAGUUCUCCAUUGUUCCCUCAAUGCACAGUGCUUUAUAAACACACAGUGGCCUUAUCACACUUUGUUCAAGUAUAACUGAAGACCUGCGAGUCUGCUUUAGUCAUAACCUUUGCCUGCUGCAGUAGUUAGGGCUUAACAAAAGCAUCAUCUUAAAUUACACGUGCAAUGGGUUAUGUUGUUUGAUUUUGGGUUAUUUUUUUUUAAGAUCAGAUUGUGUGAUUCUUGCUCACACCAAAUACACACAGGUUUUUUUAAGAGAGGCUUGAAUAUUAGAUGUACUUUCUGUAUAUAUAUAUUUUAGUCAUUUUUGUAUUUAUUUUUAUUUUAAAUCAUUGUCUGACUAACUGGUAGGCUGAAGACUACUGAAUUUUUAAAUCCACUGUUCUGGUUUUUGUGUUUCUGUGUUUGAACUUCAGAUUAUGAGACCUGAGGCUUUUACUGCAUUUUAAUAAAUCACUGAAGGUGCCAAUGCUUUCUAAAAUGUAAAUAUUUAUGCAAAUGAUGUGUAUGGGUGCUUUCUUUUCCUGAUGCUUGUAACAUCAGGUCCUGUAACAUGAUUUGUAUAUUACUGUGGACUGUUUAACAAAUUUGGACACCAAACUGAAGUAAUAUUUUAGAUGCCAUUUUAUACUCACUGCAAGAAAGUGAAAAGUCCUUUGGAAACCUCUUUCCAGCUUCAUAAGGACUUCCUGGUUGGCAAAAGGCCUUGACUACUGCAACUGUUGUAUAGCACUUGGAGGCUACAGAGCCUUACUCACCUUAACUGUCGGGAUCUGAGCUGAUCCACGUUGAGACUACUGAAUCAUCUUGAAUACCUGAAUGUUGAUAAAAGCAGAACCACGUUAUUAGUAAUUUGGUUAUUGUAACAUAACUGAGAAAAUGAUUUAAAGAGUUUACUUUUUUACCCAUAUUCUAAAGCCUUGGUACUAUUUAAGAACAGAUUUAGCUCACAGUUGUGUAUUCCAUGUGGAACAAGAUUCUGCUCAAAAAGUAUGCAUGUUAAUUGCUUGUACUAUGAACUAUGCAAAAACCUCUUGGUACUUUUUCCCUUUAUAGGGUAAAAACCUGCUAGGAGGGCAGUUGUCAAAUAUCUUAUUUUUACUGCUAACUUUGAAUGUACCUUCUUGGAAGGUGUGGUCACCUAAAAAGUUACCUUUAGUAUUAACUAAGAUGAGUCUAUUAAACUAGAUAAUCUCAGUAUGUUAUGACCCUGACUUAAUGAGUGCUUACAUAAUAAUUAUGUAUUAAUAUCUUUAGUUAUUAAUACAUAAUUAAUAAUGUAUUAAUAUAUUUUAGAAUCCUAGCUUAUUUGCUUAAAAGCUCAGCAGCAUCAGAAGCCAGGCUAAUCAGGGGCUAAGAAGCUUGAGAAAUACCCUUGAGUAUAAAAUCAGAUUGUGGCCCUCAUCUAAGAACAUGAAUGUCUUAGCAGUGUUAAAGUUCUUGAAAAGUAAGUCACGUCACUGGUAUAUUUUUAUCUCAAACUUCUGUUAUACCAGCUAAGAAUGCUACAUCAUUCCAUGAUUAGAAGUUACCUGUGGAUAUUUGUAUAGAAGUGUGAAAUAAAUUUUUUUAAAUUAAA